AUGGCUCUCCAGAUGGCUUCAAAGCGUCUCCUCCCUUCGCUCAUGCGCCCUGCCCCGCUGCGUCAGCUCCGGCUCGCGUCCAGUCUCCCCAGCGCCGUCAGGGCCGAGAUCCUCCAUGAGACCACCCACCCGACCCACGACCCCCCCGCGGACUCUGGGUCGGCGCGCCUGAUUGCGGACCAUGAGAAGUACAUGGUCGCAACAUACAGCAGGCCCACCACCAUCUUUGCAAAGGCGGACGGCAGCCAUCUGUGGGAUCUUGAGAACCGCCGCUAUGUUGACUUCACCGCCGGGAUUGCCGUGAACGCACUCGGGCACAAUGACGAGGUCUUCCUCAGCGUUAUGGCUGAACAGGCCAGCCAAAUCAUCCACACCUCCAACCUCUACCACAACCUCUGGACCGGCGAGCUCUCCAAGCUCCUCGUCACCAAGACACACGAGCACUCCGCCUUCGCCACCGCCUCGCGCGUCUUCAUCUGCAACUCCGGCUCCGAGGCCAACGAAGCCGCGCUAAAGUUCUCCCGCAAAGUCGGCAAGCAGCUCGGCGGCGACCGCAAGACGGGCCUCGUCUCGUUCCACAACUCCUUCCACGGCCGCACCAUGGGCUCGCUCAGCGCAACGCCCAACCCAAAGUACCAGGCCCCCUUCUCCCCCAUGGUGCCCGGCUUCAGGUACGGCACGUUCAACGACAUCGCCGGUAUCCCCGGCCUCGUUACUGAGGAGACGUGCGGUGUGAUUGUGGAGCCCAUCCAGGGCGAGGGCGGCGUCAACGUGGGCACCGCGGAGUUCCUGGUGGCGCUCGCCCGCCGCUGUCGUGAGGUGGGCGCCGUGCUCAUCUAUGACGAGAUCCAGUGCGGGCUUGGGCGCACGGGCGACCUCUGGGCGCACCAGUUCCUGCCGAAGGAGGCGCACCCGGACAUCCUCACGAUGGCCAAGGCGCUCGGCAACGGGUUCCCGAUCGGGGCGACGAUGGUGAAUGAUUUCGUUGCCGACAAGAUCAUGAUUGGUGACCACGGGACGACGUUUGGUGGCAACCCGCUGGCGUCUAGAAUUGGGCACUAUGUGUUUAGUAGGCUGAGCGACCCGAAGCUGCUGAAGGGGGUCGAGGAGAAGGGGCAGAUCUUCAGGAAGAGGUUUGAGGCGCUGGUGGCCAAGUAUCCGGAUGUGGUGAAGGAGGUGAGGGGGCGGGGGUUGAUCUUGGGGUUGCAGCUGAGCAGGGACCCGAAGGAGUUGAUUAGGGAGUGCAGGGAGAGGGGGCUGCUGGUCAUUACGUGCGGGACGAAUACGGUCCGCUUUGUGCCGCCGCUUGUGAUUGAGGAGGAGGUGAUUGAAGAGGGGCUGGCCAUCUUUGAGAAGGCCAUGGAGGCCUGGGUCGCUACGGAGUAG